AUUAUUUUCUAAGUCGUGAUCAAAACCUUGUAUUGAAUGACGAAAAAAUUAAAAAAAGCUUCAUGUAGUUUGUACAUUGUUAUUUCUGUUAGUUCCGAUGUUAAAGAAUACAUUCAAAAUCAAGGGGAGAUUUUUGACAAAAUUUUAACGGACUAUGACAAGCAAUUUAUCCCAGCCAUGCCAGGUCGUCCAUUGAUAGUUGAACUAGAGAUCAUAAUAUCCGACAUCUUCAAUUUAGAUGAAAGUAACAUGGAAUUGGAACUGUUACUGAUCAUCAGACAGAAAUGGUUCGACCAGCGCUUGCGUUGGAAUUCGAUGAAAUUGCAGCGAAUCAAGACUCGUGAGCAUUUACUUGAUAAAAUAUGGAUUCCUGAUAUUCGAAUGAACCACGUGAAAGAUAUGAAGACACUCCAACACUUUGGUCGGGUCAACAUGAAUGUUAAUCGUGAUGGAAGAGUGUACUAUAGUCAAUUGUAUGCCGUUCUACUACGUUGA